AUGCGUACACAGGUGCAUACGUCAAGCGUGGUGGCAGAGGAGGGAGAGAAUGUAUUUGCUCCAAGACUGGGACAGUGUCGAAGUAGCCAUGGGGCUGUGCAGCAAGCCCGGCAGCUGGGUGGUGUGGUUGCUGCUGUGUUCCGAAGGCAGGAUGGCGUGGCAGAGCAGCUCCGGCCGCUGGCGCUUGUGGCUACAAGGCUGUGCAGGUCACAGGACCAUGUGGCGGCUGUUCUGCAAUUCCAGCAACUGUCUGCGGCGGCUGUUCUGCAAUUCCGGCAGUUGGAGGUGGCCGCAAAGUGUUGGCAGCCACGAUUCCGUGAGGUUGUAGAGAGGUUUCCACCACGAAACCAUGAGACGGGCUCGUCUUGGUGGCGUUACUCUUCGUACAAGGCAAUAGUUAUUGAUGAAAUAAUCGAAAAUAUCUCAAGAAAAUUGAAUCACACAUUCUCAACUAGUGAUUUCAAGGACUUUGUUGGAAUGGAUCGUGUAAACAAAAUUGAAUUGUACAUGAGUAGAGGGUUGGAUGAACAUGAAGCUACUGUGAUCGGGAUUUGUGGGAUGUCGGGGAUAGGUAAGACAACCAUCGCACAAGUUCUUUUUGAAAGAAUUCGUAAUAAAUUUGAAGCUAGCUGUUUCAUCCAUGAUGUUAGAGAGAUGUCUGAAUGGAAAAUUUUGCCUCUUGUGCUAAAGAAACUUUAUGGUAACCUUUCCAAUACCAAAGUAAGUGUAGAGGAUGUUAAUGGGGUAAGGAGUAGAUUAUUGAGUCACAAGAGGGUUCUUAUCAUUCUCGACGACAUCGAUAAUUUAAAACAAAUUGAAGCUAUAGUUGGAUGUGGUGCCAGAGGAUUGUAUGAUCAGUUUGGUCAAGGCAGCAGAAUCAUUGUAACCACAAAAGAUAAAAGCCUGCUAAAAGCAUAUGAGCCAAAAAUACACAUGGUUGGAAAACUUAACUUUGAUGAAGCUCUCAUACUUUUUUCUCGAAGAGCUUUUGGCAAAGACCCUCCUCUUGAUGAGUAUGUUGAUUUGUCCAACCAGUUUGUAGAUUACGUUGGUGGUCUUCCUUUGGCGCUUACAGUUUUUGGCUCCUUUCUAUUCAGGAGAAGAUUUGAUGGAUUAGCAUCUUCGGACGAGAAGGAUAUAUUUCUGGACAUUGCAUGCUUCUUUAAAGGAGAGAGUGUAAAGCGUGUGGAAAGGAUAUUUGAAAGCUGUGAUUACUAUCCGGAUAUAAGUAUAAGAGUCCUCCUUGAGAAUUCUUUACUUACGAUUUUUGGAGGAAAGUUGUGGAUGCAUCAUUUACUACAAGGAAUGGGCAAGGAUAUUGUCCGCAAACAAUCUCAGCAAGAGCUAGGAAAACGCAGCUGGUUGUGGCUUCAUGAAGAUACCAUUGAAGUACUUUGCAAGAACGAGGUAAUUGAAGCUUAG